CUGCGUUAACAGAUCAAAAAUAUAUUUCCAAGUUGAUUUGUGCCAAUUCAGCAGACCCUCCCUUCUCUCCUCCCUCUGAAAACUUUCUGCCUAUGCUAUUGAAACAGCAAAGGACCAUACAUUUUAUAACUUCAGAAAAAGAAUACAUCUCAAGGGCGCAGUCAUGUGGCUCCUUCUGCUGGUGUUCUUGGCUUUGAUCCUAAUGUACAGAUGGUACAGACAGAGUCAGAUCCUAGGAAAUCUCUCAGAUAAAUAUGUCUUCAUCACUGGAUGUGACACUGGAUUUGGAAGACAGAUAGCUAAACAGCUGGACAUGCGAGGAAUGAAGGUCCUGGCGGCUUGUUUAACCGAGGCAGGAGCUAAGGCGUUAAAGGAUGAGACCUCCAGUAGACUGCAAACUGUAAUCCUUGAUGUUACGGACAGUCAAAGUGUGACUAAGGCUGCCAAGUGGGUUGCUGACAUUGUGGCUGACAAAGGUCUUUGGGGACUAGUUAAUAAUGCUGGCAUUUUAAUCCCAGUGAGCCCUAAUGAAUGGCUGAAGAAGGAUGACUUCCGUAAAAUUUUAGAUGUAAAUAUCCUAGGGAUGAUAGAUGUAACCAUCAAUUUGCUCCCCCUGAUCAGAAAAUCCAAAGGACGCAUUGUGAAUGUGUCUAGCAUUGCUGGAAGGCACGCACUGUGUGGAGGUGGAUAUUCUAUAUCUAAGUAUGGGGUUGAAGCCUUUUCAGACUGCCUAAGACGGGAGCUCAAAGUAUUUGGAGUCAAAGUCUCCAUCAUUGCGCCUGACUUUUUUAAAACUGAAAUUUUGAAUUCUUCACAACUAAAAGAAAAUGUUACGAACAUAUGGAAGAAAAUGCCCAUGAAUCUAAAAAAUGACUAUGGGGAAAAUUACUAUCACAGCUAUUGUAACUUCAUCGAAGAAAUCUGCUCACGGAGUAGCAGCAAACUUACAAUUGUCACAGACUGUAUGGAACAUGCCCUGACUGCUGUACAUCCAUGGACCCGUUAUUCUGCGGGCCCCUAUGCCAAAUUCUUCUACAUGCCGCUAUGCUAUGUGCCUACUUGUGUUGCUGAUUAUAUGCUUGGUUCUUAAUCUUGCAGAAAUCAUACUGAAAACCAAAACCUCGCAUGAUUGCAUUGUCAAAUAAAACAAAUACCCAUCAAAA